ACGUCGACGUCUCUCUUUCGCGUGUCCAGCCAAAUCGCCAUUAACAACACCUCCGGACCUUCGCGCUCCGACCCGAUUCCGUUUCGUCUUCGCGCGUCCCCUCUCGACAUGAGGACGAGAAACGCCGACGCGCCCAGGCCGGCCGCCCCUAGAAGGACGCCGCGGGUGAGGAAACCGGCCGGCAAGGCAGGUCCGGGUCCGGCCCCGAGCUCCGACCCGGGCGACGCGGCGGCGGGCUCCGCGACGCCCCAGGCCGUCGAGACGAGGCGCGUCGCCGCCGCGCGGGCGAGGCAAGGGAGGAAGGCCGCCUCCGCGGCGGACAGGAACGAGGAUUCGGAUCCUGCAGCCGAACCUUCGCGAGCUGAAGAAGUGGGAGAAUCGGCUGAUGCUGCUGCUGAAGUGACACUGGUGACAAAAGUUGGGACAACUCCAAAGUCAACAGGGAGGAAAACAGCCGGACGUACUAAGUCUCCUGCUUCAGCAAAAGCUUUAUCCUUGCAGAUGCCCAAGUCGCCUGAAUCUGUUGAAGUUCCUGUAGAGGAAACUCUGGAGGAGAUGGUGGUAUUAGCUGAUGCCCAUUGCGAGGAUGAUAACACAAAAGUUGAAUGUGUGUCUAAGCAUGCUGAAGAACCCUCAGGAGAGGAAAAAUCUGAUUUGGCAAUCAUUGAACCCCUUGAGGAUGUCUUUGAACCGGUGGGCAAGGAACAGGCUCUGUUGCAAGUGGAAAAAUCUGCUAUUGAAGAUGGUGGGCAUCUGGUGGACAAUGUAAAAUCUCCACUUGCCAAUUUUACAGUAUUCGAGGAAAAAGAACAAAUGCAAGUGGAAGCUGAAAUAGCUCCUCCUCUAGGUGAUGAGGAUUCUCUCAAGGAAGAGAUAAAUGCUGAAGCAACUUCAAAGCCAUCAGAUGAUCAUGAAGUCUAUGAAGUGAAGCGGGUAGAGGAAGUUAUUGAAAAAAGAGAUGUACUGGUCGGAAAUAAUGCACGGAGUGGAGAGAAAUCCCAAAAUAUGCAAGAGAACGUCCAGGAGAAGUUUCAAGGAGAUUUUUUUCAGACUAGAAAUGAUGACUAUGGGGAUGAUGAUGAGAGCAUGGAGGAGUAUGGUGAUCGAUUGGACUUUGGAGAACCUGGAGAGGAAGACCUUGGUGAGGAUGAUGGAGAUGAACCUGCUGAAGAAGGGAACGCUUUAGAAGAGGAGCAUAAGGAACUAUCGCUUAUUGCAAAGGAACAAAAGAUUAAGAAAGAGCAUGAAAUUUUCGUUGGUGGUCUCGACCGUGAUGCUGUUGAAGAGGAUGUGAGGAGGGUGUUUGAGAGGAUUGGUGAGAUAGUCGAGAUUAGGUUGCAUAAAGAUUUUUCAACCAAUAAAAACAAGGGAUUUGCCUUUGUUAAGUUUGCAAACAAGGAGCAUGCAAAGCGGGCCCUGGCAGAGAUGAAGAAUCCUGUCAUACGUGGAAAGAGAUGCGGCACUGCACCUAGUGAGGACAAUGACAUAUUGUUCCUAGGAAAUAUCUGCAACACAUGGACAAAGGAAGCUAUAAACCAAAAGCUGAAGGAGUAUGGUGUUCAAGGGGUAGAAAGCAUAACUCUUGUUCCAGAUGCUCAACGUGAAGGGUUGAGUCGUGGUUUUGCAUUUCUCGAGUUUUCUUGUCACACUGAUGCAAUGCUAGCAUAUAAGAGGCUUCAAAAGCCUGAUGUUGUUUUUGGUCAUUCAGAGAGAACGGCUAAAGUUGCUUUUGCUGAACCGCUACGCGACCCUGACCCGGAGGUCAUGGCUCAAGUGAAAUCGGUUUUCAUUGAUGGGCUUCCUCCUUAUUGGGAUGAGGAGCGUGUAAGAGAGCAAUUUAAAACUUUCGGAGAGAUUGUACGUGUAGUCCUUGCCCGAAACAUGUCAACUGCUAAGAGGAAAGAUUUUGGGUUUGUUGAUUUUUCUAGCCAUGAGGCAGCUGUUGCUUGUGUUGAUGGAAUCAAUACUUCAGAGUUAGGUGAUGCUAACACAAAGGUUAAAGUUAGGGCAAGACUUUCCAAUCCAAGGCCUAAAACUCAGGCAGUGAAGGGUGGAAUGUCUGGUGGAUUUCGAAUUGGUCGUGGUAGCGUUGGCAAUAACAGACAUGGAAGGGGAUUUGGGUGGGGAGGACAUUCAUACAACAGAGGGGAUCACCAUAGCUGGGGUUUCCAUCAACGUGGACGCAGUCAAAGCAGCAGAAUGCGUUUUAGCUAUGACCACGAGUUUGAUAAUCCACACCUUGAUUUUCAUAGGAGGCAAUCUUCUGGACGAGGGGGAAGAAGGGGCAUUUCACGAGCUGGUCAUUAUAUGUCUGGUCAUCAUGCCCCUGUAGGCCCGUCUUCAAGACCACCUAUUGAUAGAUCAUGGCACGGUUAUCCUGACAGAGGCCCUGGCAUGCAUCUGCCUUCUAGGCGGUUACCUUACUCUCCUGAAGAACAAUACAAUAGACAUUUUGAGGGCAGGCAGUUUGAUGACCCAUACUUCUAUGACAGUGGUGCCCAUGGUUUGAAGCGUCCCUUUCCUAUGACAGAUCAAUAUGCUGAUUACAUGGAGCCAAGUAGAGUACGUCCUCGUUUUGAUUAUAUGGAUUCUUCGUUACCAUUAUGUGGAAGUGUUUAUCAUGAUGCUUUUGGAGUUGGAAGUGGGCCUUAUCCACAUGAUCAUUAUGGUUCUGAUUAUGGUGGAGGUCCGUAUCCAUCUUAUUAUAGGGAUGAUCGCUCUUAUGGAGGUGGCUACUACCACUAGAUUCAAAUUCUAAGGUAAGUUUGGAAAUGCAGGAAAUGCUUCAAUGGUAAUGGGGAAAGGAGCCCUGUUGCAAGAACAUCUAAGUUUGAUUACUUUUCUCCUAUAAGAUAUUUUGCUUUGUUCUUUUACAUUGCAUCUACUAUCUAACCUCUUUUCAUAUCUAUCCCACAUGUCAUCAGUUCUUGGAUUCCCUAUAGUUGUUAGGUUAUGAUGAAGACUUUAGAGUCUUGUAGAUAAGGUGGCUUGAGGAUGGGACCAAUAAGUGAUAUCAUUUUGUGUGAAAGUGGAAGUGCGUUAUGCUUUUGCACUACAUAUGAGGAGUUUGAGGUUUUCUACCACUUGAAGUGCAGAUGUUGUAUGCUUCGUGGAUCUCAUGUGCAGCUGGUCAUUUUUUAUGUUUUGGUUUAAUGAAAUAAAUCAAGUGAAUUUAUUGGUAGGCCAAAGUUUUGAGAGUUCACUUUACUUUAAUUGAUGGAGAGCUGAUUUUAAAGUUGAUGAUUUUCGUGGAGGCCCAUGUGGAGACAAUAUUAGCUGCAAUUAAGAUAGCUUAAGUAGGCUUUAAGUUGCGCACAAUCAUCAGAGGUUUUCGGCUACUAUGAAUGAAUGUGGCAAGGAUUUCUUGCUUGAGGUGACUUUCUCCAUCAGCUUCAGGGGAUCAAGUUGUCGUUUAUAUUAAAAGUAUAUUAAAGAUGGGCAGGUUAAAGCAGAAAGUUUGGAAAUUUACUCCAUAGGCAAUGGUGCUCCAAAAAUUAAUUGGUGAGGUUUCUGGGGUAUAGCUCAGAAUCAUGUCAACUAAUGUUUCUGAACUUCUUAUGGUUUAUGAAUCCUUUGCCGUUUGACAUGGUUAAUUGCGUGAGCGUUUUAGGUGGAUGGAUAUUCCUGAGCCCAUUGAUUUCGGUUCAUAGAUGUUCUCUAUAAGCAGAAUAGUAAUCUGAUUUGGUGGUCUCUUAUUCCAUUUACAUCCGUAUGGUAUGUAUUUACUGUGCUUAGUGGCUAUCUUCCGUGAGAACAUAUCUUCAGUAGGAUUUAGUUGUUCCUAUAGAUGGAAAAGUCUAUUUGGGUGCCUUGGAGUUUAAGUAGCUAUGAAAGUCAAUCGUGUGUUAUGGCUAAUGCAUUGGGAUUUAUAGUAGUUGAAGAUUUUGAGAAAUCCUUGUCUCAGCCAUUCAAUGUGGGAAUUGGGAAGAAUUAAGAGCGUAAAGAAAGCAUUAUGGUAACAGUGGUAUCAAAUGCCAUAAAUUUGCAAGAUAGUCAACAUUGGUUAACGGAUUUCUUUAUUAGGAUUGGAGGUGAUCAUUAUUUGCAUAGAGAUUUUUGUUUGUCUUCCACGUCAUCAUUGUUGGUCAUGUCAAUGAUCUUUCUGAGCAUAUAUUUUUAGAACCACACAGAAAGUAAGUAAACCUUGUGCAAGUUUAAAGUUCUUUUAUGUGUAAUUGUUCAUCUAUAAGGUAAAAUUAGAUUCGAAGGUCGUUUGUAAUCACUCUGCAAACUUUGAAGUUGUCUGUUAUUGCUUUAUUAUGUCAAUGUCCUUUACACGAGAUUUCACAUGCUCAUUAUGAUGUGGAUGGCAAUAAUGUGGAACUAGUUUGAGUUUGGGUUUUCCUAUAGGAUAGAAGUGUUUGUGGUGGCUUAAGAAUGGUUGUCUUUGUGAUCAUCAUGAUUUUGAUGUGAAUAAUCUGAGUAAGAUAGUUGGGCCAUCGGUGAUGAAGUAUUGAACGUUGACUUGGUGAGUUUUGAGGACAACAGCACCUGUAGUUUCUCCCUUAUUAUUUAGUAUGCGCUCACUAGACUUACUGUAUAUAUUCCUUACUGGCAUUGUGGUAAGGCACAUUAGGGAGAAUUAGAAAGAGUUCUCAGAGUACUUGAUGUAACAUGGGGUGUCAUAAUAUUUGGUACAUAGUGGAAUAUAUGUUGCGAGUGGGUUUUGGAAACUUAAGUGCUCAGUAAACUUCAUUUGAAUAGAUAUCUGAGGUGACUCUAGGCAGUCACCCCGUUCAUUUACAGAGGCGAUUUUGGGAUCUUCCAUUAGCAUUGUAGUUAAAUUAGUGUUUGCAAUCUUUGCUGUCUUCAUCUAAGUGUAGGCAGAGUUUUUGUGCUUCUUUUUGCGUUGAAGUUGCUAAUUUUUUUAUGGCCUCUCUUUCCUUUCUAAAUGAUUUUCUGAUAUGUCAUUCAAAAUCUGCAUCUUAUUCAGAAGCUUCUUUUUGCCCCUCUAAAAGAUCCGUUCCAAAAUUUGUGUUCUUCACUGCCUUGAUCACUUAUGGAAAAACGAAGUUUCUGAAGGAAUAAGACACAGUUUACUUAUGGAAUCGAAGUUGUUUCAAGACUAGUGAUUUUCAUCCAUUUCUAUUCUACAUGCAUCAGCUAUGACGUCUGGUCAACUGUAAUGAAUUAGGGCUACCUUAUACCUUUAUGCUUCUAGAUCUGGACCAUUUACUUUUCCAUUAUCUAUACCUGGUAAAGUUUUAAUUUCUUGGCAAGUUGACCAUAGUGAGACUGCUAUCCGCAGGCAACGGAUAAGCCAUGUUGUAUUAUUGGUUUUCAUACAUUCUUUCAGCUGUGUCCAUACAUGCUGUUGUCUCACUAUUUAGACAGUUUUCUAGAAGGAUAUUUUAGCUGAAUCAGGCAUCAACUGUAAUUUAUACUAAAGUCGACCACAGUGAGAUUGCUAUCUGCAGGCAACAGAUGAGCCAUGUUGUAUUAUUGGUUUUCAUACAUUCUUUCUUUUGGCUGUGUCCAUACAUGCUGUUGUCUCACUAUUUAGACAGUUUUCUAGAAAGAUGUUUUAGCUGAAUCUACGGCAGGCAUCAACUGUAAUUUGUACCAAUAAGAGACUUUCUGUAGAUUUCUUAGUAUGCCUUCCAUAGUUGCUGUAUACUAGUCGGAGUGGAACCUGAUAAGGAUAAUCCUGACUAUAUUAAGAUUUGAUGUGGCGAGUUUUUGGUUGGCGUUGAAAUGGCCACGUGUAGUUCGUUGUAUUAUUACAUGAAUUAAUUUGGUAAA